AUGCCCUCCACAACCACAAUGACCUCAACCACAACCCCCUCCCUCAGAUCCACCACCUCAACCAUCCACCCCGACCACGACGACGCAGCCUCCACCUCCAGCGUCUCCUCCACCGCCUCGACCCUCCGCUCCCUGAAGACAAAAUACCUGGCCAAGAUCAAGCCCGCGACGCCGGACUCCGAGUCCAAGGAUCACGACAGCACCGCAGCCAAAAAGAAGACGACGAAGAAGGAGAAGGAGAAGACGCUCAAGCACACGCUCACGCAGACCCAGACGAAAGCCAGCAGCGCCAGCCCCCCCGUCAGGAAGGUCGAUUAUGAGACGUUGGGGACGUAUCUUGCUCUGCGGUGA